CUUUUAUUAUCGUGUCUACAUCAUGCUUCAUUACAUCUGUGUUCAGUUUAACACAGGUUUGCCGAAGUGUGUGUGUGUGUGUGUGUGUGUGUUGUAGUGAGAUAUCACUAAACUGUACUGACAGUGACUCAGUGCUGCUCUAAUAUGUUUAUAUGUUUACUGAAGUUUAACAGUUUUAUGUUAAUCACGUAUGUUUUUGUACUCUACUCAUUUAAUGCUAAUAAAUGUUUAGAACUGAUUCUUUGUCUCUUAUCAUUAGAUAGAUCACUUUAUUAAUCCCAGAGGGAAAUUCACACACUACAGCUGCAGCAGAAGAAGAAUAGUGUUUGCAGUGAGAAAUAAUCAAGAGUAAUGAAAUAAACAUAUUCAGUAAGAUACCAUAAUCUACAAAUUAGAGAAUAAAACACAUCAGAUCCACUCUCGUGAGAAAAACAAUCCUGUGUGCGGUCAUGCCCUUACUUGUGUUGGUAUGUAACAUAUGCGUGUGAGUGUGUGUGUGUGUGUGUGUGUUUAACACAAGUUUAAAAAGAAAAUCGGGUAAAAUGAUAUGUAUAUGAUAAAUGAUGUACAAGUUGUGUGUCUGCAGCCUGAGAAAAGCCCGAUGGAGUGAGAAAUGUGCCACUGCAGUCUGAAUUUUAUUUUUAUUUAUUAUUUUUAUGCCUCUAUUUGAAUUUGUAAUUGAAGUUAUGUAGUUGAAUUAGAUCAAAUUGAAAUUAUGUUCCAGAUGUUAUGUUCAAAUUCUUCGUUUUGGUGACAGAAUUUAUUUCACAUUCAGAUAAAAAAUGUCAGAACACAUCUGGAGAGUAAUAGAGUUCUGUUAUAGAGUUCUUCAGCGUCCUCAGGGAACUCAGAUUGUGUAACGUUGUGUAAAAGGACGUUUUUAUAUUUAUACAAGGAUUUGAGAGAAUUAAAAGUUCACAGUUGCACCACGCUGACCUGACCUCAACCAAAAAUAGAAACUGAUUUCUGUUUUUGCAUUUCUCCUUAUUUUUUGUCCCCUUUAGUGAGGAGUGGAGCUGAAGUUGAGUAACCCAUUGUGUAUUGUGUUUCACUGAACAUGUGACAUUCUUUUCUAUAAAUCUGUAUGAGAAUAGGUCCAGGUCUGUAAUCCCCACGCCCCUCCUCAGCCUCCGCAUGGAGGAUAAAACCUUCACAAGCCUUUCAGAAACACAGCUCAUCUCUCAGACGAUGUUUCUCCUCCAGUUCCUCUGUGGCUUUUUCACAGCGCUGAUCACAGACGAGGACAAAAAGAAGUUGAAACCAGACACAUAUGACAUCUCCAUGUUUAAGCGGGGGGAUCUCCUGGAGGUUCCCCGAACGCUCUUCACACAUUUUGGGAUCUACCUGGGCAACAACCGUGUGGCUCACCUCAUUCCUGACAUCCUGCCCCUUAUCUCAGCUGAUGAAAGUGCCAUCUCCAAGAUGGUGACCAACAAUCGGCUGAUUCUGGGUGUGAUCGCAAAAAAGGCCAGCAUUCGUGUGGACUCUGUGGAGGACUUUGCGUACGGAGCUGAGAUUCUGGUGAACAGCAUGGACAGGGUGUGCAGUUGGCCGCCGCUCCAGGGUGAAGAAGUGGCCAGGCGAGCGGAGAAGCUGAUGGGAUCCAUGGACUACAGUCUGCUGUGGUUCAACUGUGAACAUUAUGUCAUGUUCUGCAGAUAUGGAACCAGCGUGAGCUUUCAGACCUACCAGUUCUGUAAAAGGGUCAGGAAGAUCGUGUUCAGUAGGACCAGCUCGUUCCUGAGUCUUGUGUUGUGUGUGUUCAUUACGGUGUUUCUGGGCAGUGUGUCUGUGUGUGGAGUGUUACUCACACUGAUCAUUCCCUUCACCAUAUGGAUGGCAUCAUAACUCUCUCUCCAAGUUAUUACAGGUCAUGGUUUAGUGAUGUCCAUGUAAUUUAUUGCAUUAAUAUUACUGAACACUGUAAUGUAGAUUAGGAGUUAUCACUGUGUGUUCAUCUCACUACUGAUACAUAUUCCAAAUGUAUAAAUAUAUAUAUUUAGAGUAGAAUAUAAAAUCUACAUCAUGUUGAUGGAAACUUCCAGAUUGAGUGUGAACAUUGAAUCUUAUGUGAGAAAAUCUGAAGUAAUUUAUUUUUAUACUGUACAAUAAACACAACUGGGCAGCACAGUAGCGUUCCCUCCUCAUGGUUGUGGUUCGAGCCUGAGCUCGACUUCUUCCUAUGUCCAUGUGGGCUUCCUCUGGGUUCUCUGGUUUCGUCCCACCUCCUAAAAGCAUGCCAGUGUGUGGAUUGGCUAAGAUAAAUUCCAAAAGUGUGAAUGAGCCUGUGGAUGGGCGCGUGGAUGGGCGCAUGAAUGAGUGUGGAUGGGCGCGUGGAUGAGUGUGGAUGGGCGAGUGGAUGAGUGUGGAUGAGAGUGUGGAUGAAAGUGUGGAUGAGUGUGGAUGAGAGUGUGGAUGAGUGUGGAUGGGCGCGUGGAUGAGUGUGGAUGGGCGCGUGGAUGAGUGUGGAUGGGCGCGUGGAUGAGUGUGGAUGAGAGUGUGGAUGAGAGUGUGGAUGGUCGUGUGGAUGGUCGUGUGGAUGGUCGUGUGGAUGAGUGUGGAUGGGUGUGUGGAUGAGUGUGGAUGGGCGCGUGGAUGAGUGUGGAUGAGUGUGGAUGGGCGCGUGGAUGGGUGUGGAUGAGAGUGUGGAUGAGAGUGUGGAUGAGAGUGUGGAUGGGCGUGUGGAUGGGCGUGUGGAUGAGUGUGGUUGGGCGUGUGGAUGACAGUGUGGAUGAGAGUGUGGAUGGGCGUGUGGAUGAGUGUGGAUGGUCGUGUGGAUGGUCGUGUGGAUGAGUGUGGAUGAGAGUGUGGAUGAGAGUGUGGAUGAGAGUGUGGAUGAGAGUGUGGAUGAGUGUGUGGAUGAGAGUGUGGAUGGUCGUGUGGAUGAGUGUGGAUGGUCGUGUGGAUGAGUGUGGAUGGUCGUGUGGAUGGUCGUGUGGAUGGUCGUGUGGAUGGGCGUGUGGAUGGGCGUGUGGAUGGGCGUGUGGAUGGGCGUGUGGAUGGUCGUGUGGAUGAGUGCAUGGAUGAGUGUGGAUGAGUGUGGAUGGACGUGUGGAUGAGUGCAUGGAUGAGUGUGGAUGGACAUCAUAUCUAUGGUGUAUUCCUGCCUCAGACGCAGAGUCGCCAGGAGAGACUCCGGAUCCAUUGCCACGCUGAUCAGGAUAAAGUAAAUGAAGGAAUGCAGUGAUUUUUCUGUUGUUUCUGUCUCAAACAACACACUUUAUAUUUACUCUUUACGUAGCUGCUGUGUUUAUGGUGUACAGAGAAACCUCAUACAUUUGGAAAUAAAUGAUAAGAUCAAUGUGUGAAUAAAUUAAAUUUAUUUGUUUAUACAUAAAUAUGGAUUUCUGAACCCGACUGUAUUUAUGAUUUUAGAAUCAUUAAAUAAAAAUAAAUUGAAACUAUGAACAACAAAAACAGAGGAAGUGCUUUCAAUUACAUGCUAGAAUAAAAGAUUAUUUUUAAAAGAAUACUUUUUAAAGCUUGACCUCUGACUGCAAAGUGGUGUUGAGUUCUACAGUUUUAAAGCAGAGUAAUAAAGCAGAGUGUAUGUGU